AUGCCCUAUCACGACAGUAGUGAACUUUUGUUGGACCAGAAAAGCACCAUUCUACCUUGGGUAGAGAGUUGGCGACGCCGUUUAAUGCGUUUCGCGGUGCGUCAGGAGCGUGGUCGUUGUGACGGUCUGGCGGAAAGCGCCUUUCCAAAGGUGCGCAUCACUUCAACACCACGUAGGAACCUCCAGCAUCCUCAUAACUCGCUAUCGAUGACUUCUGUUCAAUCACAACCGCUACCGCCGUUACAGCCCCGCACACCCCGUCACUACUACCCUUCAGAGUCGCAAUUCUCCCAUACGAAUACUGCGCCAGCCUGGAACCAAUACCAGUACCGAUCCAUGCGUCAUGCUGAGGACAAUCCUUCUGCUGCCCUUGCUCCACAACCGUCACAUCUGUUGUCAUAA